CAACAGGCGCUCUUCGUCCUCUUCAUCCUCGCCUACAUCCAUAUCGCUUUCUCCCGCUCCCCCAUCAACUGCCUGGAGACGGUGCGGGAUCGCUGGCCGCGCGAUGGCAUCCUGAGGGUGGAGAUCCAGAGGAACUCCAGUCGCGCCGCCGUCUUCCUGCAGCACUACGACUCCUCCGGCCUCCAGGGGGAGCUGCAGGCCGAGGAGCGGCAGGCUGAACCAGGAGGAGGAGCAGCAGUGGCCGGGAUCAGCCUGGGAGAGGAGGAGGAAGAGGACGACGAGAUGACUGUGUUUGAAAACAGCUCAGUGCAGUUUGAACUGGACAUUGAGCCCCGUCUCCAGCCGUCUGUGAUUGGAGGAGGCUCUAGAGGAGGAGCCAAUGACAGCCAGGACGUGUCGUUUAGCCCCCCCUCUAAAGUGUGGCCGCAGGACGAGUACAUCGUGGAGUAUUCCUGGAGUAUGGCUUCCCUGCGGCUAUAUCGCGAGAGCACCAGGCAGAGACUCAACAUACCCGUCAUGGUCGUCACUCUGGAUCCCAUCAAGGACGAGUGCUUCGGAGACGGAUUCAGUCGCUUCCUGCUGGACGAGUUCCUGGGCUACGACGACAUCCUGAUGUCGAGUGUCAAGGCGCUCGCUGAGAACGAGGAGAACAAAGGCUUCCUGAGGAACGUGGUGUCUGGAGAACAUUACCGCUUUGUCAGCAUGUGGAUGGCCAGAACGUCGUAUCUGGCUGGCGUCAUCAUGGUCAUAUUUACGCUGUCGGUGUCGAUGCUGCUCAGAUACUCGCACCACCAGAUCUUCGUCUUCAUCGUGGAUCUGCUGCAGAUGCUGGAGAUGAACAUGACCAUCGCUUUCCCAGCAGCCCCUCUGCUCACCGUCAUCCUGGCCCUGGUUGGCAUGGAGGCCAUAAUGUCAGAGUUUUUCAAUGACACGACCACGGCUUUCUACAUCAUCCUGAUCGUCUGGCUGGCCGACCAAUAUGAUGCCAUCUGCUGCCACACCAACACCAGCAAACGCCAUUGGCUGCGGUUCUUCUACCUGUACCACUUCGCCUUCUAUGCCUACCACUACCGCUUCAACGGUCAGUACAGCAGCCUGGCUCUGGUCACUUCCUGGCUCUUCAUCCAGCACUCGAUGAUCUACUUCUUCCACCAUUAUGAGCUUCCUGCCAUCCUGCAGCAGAUCCGGAUCCAGGAGAUGCUGCUCCAGAACCAGCAGGCGGGUCAGAACCAGACUGCUCUGCAGGACAACCUCAACAACAACAACGCCAACCCUGGGCCGGAUCCAGCUGGGACUGGUCAGUCAGCAGACAGCACCGUUGAGCCACCACAGGCCGAGCCGCUUCCAUCAUCCUCUGUGGCGGUGGGCGGAACCGGCGAGGUCAGAGCUGAGCUUAACUGGGUCGCUCAGACCGCCGCUGUCAUCACAGAGGCACUCGGCUCCUCCGUCGACUCGGGAGAAAGUCAGGGAUCAGCAGAGAUCAAUGUUGAGUUCUGGAUGGGUGGGGCAGCAGGUGAAGCUCCUGACGGCACACUGGAGAAUAAAGCUCCAGGGGGCGGAGCUGAAGCCUCACCUGGUGAUAGCAGGCGUCAGGGGGCCGAGCCUUCUGAAAGCCCAGCCCUUAAUACAGACUGCCCCGCUCCUCAGAGCUCGGGUACAGACAGCGAGUCACCUGGGCAUCAGAGCUCCGCCCCCCGCGGCAUGUCAUGAGCGUCCAGGUGAACUGAUGACUUCACGGCACUAGCUGAAGGCUAUGGACCGUCAGCUGAUCACUGAGCUGCACUUUACUCCAAUUAAUCAAUUAAUUAAUUAACUGAUCCAUCAAUUAACCAAUGAAUGAGCUGAU